CAACCCUCCCAGAAUAGAUAGGCUGUCCCACGGAAUCGACUAACGAUUCACAGUCAAACAAACACACAUACGUACGCUCGCUCACUCAACAUUCAUCCUUCGGAAUCGGGACGAUCAACGAAAACGAACCAUUUUAACGUAGUGAACAAUGUCGAUUUCAAAGCAUGUUUUGCUCUUUGAUCGGCAAUUUUUCUUAGUUUUGUGCUUGAACUUUUGAAAGAAAUGACAUUGAUUUUAGUGUUUGUGUUGCCGUUAAAAUUGUGAACAUUUUGUUUCUCGCCUUUUUAAAACUGUGCUUUCGACGAAAUUCAACAACGUGCUUGACGAAACAAGGAGAUAAAAGUGAAAAAGAAAAGGAAACCGUGUAAAAACAGAAAAAAUUGUGAAAAUGUCAUCGUGUUACAGCGGAUUUUCCUCGUCUUUGGACGAUUUUGAGUGCUCAUCAACGGAUAGUGGAUUCGAGAAGAGCUAUGAGAGUAUUUCCGGAAUAAGUGCACACAAUCUGAGCUACAAUCAGCUCAACAUCACUGGCAAUUCUGAAAGCGAUCACAUGCCUGCCGUUUUGAAUCCACUGAUUACACAUACCGCUUUGGAUGAAUUCACACCAAAUCUGGGGAUGCAAACAUCAACACCGCUCAAAGCGAAGAACAAUCAAGCCAAUAGCAACAAUAACAGUAGUAAAAACAAUGCAAACCAUAACAAUGGCAUCAUUCGGCCGAAGCGAAAAUAUGCGGUCGGAAAAAAUCGAAUGACCCGAUCGCGAAGUCCAUCACAAGUGAUGCGCAUCAAACGAACCCGUCGCAUCAAAGCAAAUGAUCGCGAACGCAACCGAAUGCAUACGCUAAAUGAAGCUCUGGAGAAACUGCGCUGCGCUCUUCCGACUUUCCCCGAAGACACAAAACUGACGAAAAUUGAAACGCUACGAUUUGCGCACAACUACAUUUUUGCAAUGGAACAAGUGCUACAAAAUGACCAAGAAAUCAAUUUGGAUUUGGAGAAAUUGCAAAGCAUCACGCUCAGCGGCGAACCGUUUACCAAAGAACUGUUUGACGCAAUGUUUGUGCAUCCGAACACGUGUCAAAUGAAUGGAUUCUCAUCGUGUGACUUCUAUAGCAGCAUGCAACAGUAUCACACAAUCCAGCAGCAGCAACAACAGCCAGCCAACUAUACAAAUGACCCGUCGUUUUCCAAGCAAAAUUACGAAAUCUUCCGCGGUGCAUUUGAAACGGCCAUAAAUCAGGGUCCAAACUAUCAACCGACAUCGGUCAAUCCACAACAGCCAUCGAACUUUGGACCAACCUGCGAUAAUUUCAAUAAUAACAACAACAACAACAAUAAUCACCAGCAUCAAAUCGGAAUGAUAAAUAUUCAAAGUCGUCGGUUGCCACCACAGCAUCGAAUACCAAACGGCAGCAUCCAUCAAAACAGCAGCUUUUAUACGCACACACCACCAUGGAAGGAUUAUACCGAGCAAAUGACGAACACAUUCGCACAAUAUCAGACUUUAUAGCGAAUUAAGUAUAGUUUAUUAAUUCUAUAGCACUGUCAUCAUGUUGAAAGAACCCGACACAAAAAUACUCCAAUUGGAUCGAUGAGAAAACGGAGAAAAGGUUUGUCGCUAACAUUUUGACUGAAGAAACUCUUUUGUUUGAGGGUUUUUUUUUCUCUUCACAAUUGAAUGCAUUGGUUAAGAGUGUUUCACUUUGACGACAUUCACAAUUGGAAUGUUCGACUCUUCUGACGCAACUUAAACACUCUGCACCGAAUCCAUUCAAACUUUGUUUUAGCUAUUAGCAUUUUCACCGUUUGAAUGUUUUCUUAUUUGCAUUUUUGUUUUCAUUUUCAUCAUUUUGGAAAAUAAAAAAGUACAAAAGAACCGGAAAAAUUCGGCGAAAUAUGAAUGCAAAUGGGAACACCAUUCUUAAAUACGCACAGAAAUGUUUUCUUGAAGAGAAAACGAAUUUCUGUCUCUAAAGAAAGCGAAGACCAAUUGAUCCAAAAUUUAGGACGGCUCUAGUCACACAUUGCAACAGUUGAACAAAUGAAAUUACCAAAAACAGAAUUCUUCUAUGUAAAGUUUAUGGCUAGUUUUUUCUCUUUCGAAUAUUCAAAGGCAAUAUUUAUUGUAAUGGUUCGAUUUGUAAUGCUUUAAUUUUUCGAUUUUUUGUUCUGUGAAUGAAUCUCACAUCAUUUUCUACGGGUAUCGUUUUCAUUUUCAAUUUUUCUUUCUCUUCGGUUCAAUAGUUUCCUUUGAAUAUCUUCUCAUUCGCUCCAUUCGAAUUUUUU